AGAGCGAAAUGGACGGACGGACGGACGUCGGCGCGUAGCAGAAGACAGCGGCGGCCAUUUUGAUCCUGACAUUGUCGUAGCUACGGCGGCUCGACGGUGCUCGCUUGCCGUGGGGAAUCUUCUGCUCGAGGGUGGAUCGACGACGAAGACGACAACGGCGGCGGCGGUGACGACGACGACGAGGCGGCGUAGGCGACGGCGGGCGGUAACCGUGGAGUUUCGGUGUGUAGUGCGCAUUAAAGAGAUACGCGCGCCAGCUGUGUGCGCGAGAUAACGAUAAGAGAAAACAGCGAACAAACGUCAGUGAUAGGUCGUGACUGUUCUCCCUCGACGACGGCGACGGUGGUGGCUGCGACGGCGGCGGCGGCAACGGCGGCAGGGGGGAGGAGGAGGAGGUGUGGUGUGACGGGUGCUCUCGCGCGAACGAUCUGAACUGCGAUCGCCAGUCGCGCACGGUCGAGUGAAAAGGAAACGGGUCGCGGUUGACGGGCCAGAGAAUCGACAAGGCUGAACGUCGGGCACAAUCGGAGUGACGCUGACAACAGCGACGGGAAGGACAAACGAGACGACGACAACGCCGACGAGGAGGAGAAAGACGACGAUCAGCGAGAGCGGAACGAGGACGUCGACGAGCAAGAAGAAAACGACGACGACGGCGGCAACGUUCAAGAGAAGCGCGACAGUCGUGAUACGACGCUCUCGUAUACGACGGUCUACUAUCGCCACCACCUAGACGGCAACGUCGGCGCAUCACGUCCGUUCCUCUCCCCGUAGGAGGCCCUCUCGCCGCGACGAGGGCACCGUGUUCGCCGUUGGUACCGUAGCGGUGCACACACAGUCACGCGCCACCGCGUACAUCAGCGCCGCGGGAUGGAGAGGCGAGCCGCUUUUGUGCUGCUGGGGAUGCUAUAUUUAGCGGGCACCCUCGUCACGGUCCAGGCAGUGACGUAUUCGGGGCUGCCGACCGUGCACGAGGGUCAUCCUUGGAGUAUCGAGUGCAACGACUUGAAGGACGAUGAUCUCAUUAGAUGGACCAGAAACGGCCAGACGUUGGAACCCGAGCUGUCCAGCGGUCAGCUGGUCGUUCUCUCAAAGAGUGGCUCUAGCAGCAGUAAGCUCUCGGCGUCCCAAGCAACGGAGAAUCACGAUGGAGAUUACAAGUGCAUAAGCGACAGUGCGGAGUCCUUCCAUCUCUCGAUAAAUUUCGAUAUUAAGAUUAAAGUACUUACGCCCAAGGACAUACCUUUGGUGCUCGAAUGCACAAACAGAAGCGCCGGUGAUAGAACGCAAUGGCUGAAGGAGAAGACACCGGUAAUUACGACAUUAGGCGGCAAUGAAGAUAUCCUCAAGAUUGAUAACGAGACCGGCACUUUGGAAAUUUUGAAAGACGUCGAGGAGGUUUAUGGAAAUUACACUUGCAAAGUAUCCAAUUCCACAACGGAGUACAGAGUCGUACCGAGGCCAAUCGCACAUUUGGCGGAAUCUACCAGUGUAGUGGAGGGCGAGAAGCUGCAUUUGGUAUGCGGCGGGAAGCAGAGUCCCGGCAUAAAGAUAUUAUGGACUUUUGGCGAUCAAAAUUACACGCGCAGCAAAGACCGCGUUAAGAUCGUCAGGGACGUGGAGAGGGGUAUCAACGGCGCCAUCCUAAUUGUCGACAGUAUCGAGAUGAACGAUCGCGGUAACAUUAUCUGCAGAGUGUCGUACAACUGGUCCGAUCCCGUUCCGGAACACUCGUCGGAGGCCGAGACAUUCCUCAGGGUCAAGGACAAGCUCGCCGCGCUCUGGCCCUUUUUAGGCAUUUGCGCGGAGGUCGUCGUUCUGUGCGCCAUCAUCUUAAUUUACGAGAAGAAGCGGAAUAAAGCUGAGCUGGAGGAAUCCGACACCGACCAGAGUCCCGACACUAAGCCAACGCCCAACAAGGAAUCCGAUGUCAGGCAGAGGAAGUGAAACAACAAAUAGAUGAAUGAAAGCGAUGCGACAGAAUCGGCAAGGAGGGAUCGUCAUGUGUCAAAGUGCUUCGCACUUCGGAGUUUCGCAGAGACAACAGGAAGGCGACUUUGAAUGGGAAAUAGAUCGUCUAAAUGUGGAAUAAACACUGGGGAAAAUGGACAGCGAGCUCGAAUGGGCCAUUGAUAGUGCACACCUGCGUGGACACGGGCUUGUGCAGACGUGUGGCAGGAUCACAAGUUACUAACAAAUUAAAUUAAGCCUUAUUAUGGUGUUCACUCCAUUUAUCAGAUGUUCGCCUGUUCGUAUUCUUUAACUACACUGCUUUGACCGACGGAGAGAUGUGUUGACAUAAGAGUUAUGUAUAAGUGCCGAUGACGCGAGUGCCAGGAACGGAGCGUGGCAAUGGGCGAGAGAGGGAGAGAGAGAAAGAGAGAGAGAGAAAGAAAAGUAAUGCAUGUAUGAGUGAAAAAAAGCUAACAAGAAAACAAAUCGAUAGAUCGAAGAAGCAGCAAACAAAACGGCGUGUCCAUCGAUCGCGCGAAUACAUGCGUAAUUAUAAACAUAUAUAAAUAUAUAUGUGUGUACAUAUAUAUUUGUUUAUAUUUAUUAUAUUUACAAUUUUCCACGGAAUGCUUGGAAGUUUGCAGUAUCACAUUCUUGGUCGCGCGUUCACUCGCCGUAUUACAUCGCUCCGAUCAUGCGUGGUACUCGCAUUCGCGUUUGACGGACACGCCGUGGAAAUUAGAUUCGCGUAGAACUCGUUUCUCAAACCGCACGUGUGACCGAAGAAAAAUAAACUUUACGGUAGGGCCGAGAAUAUGCGCUCGAUACUAGUUAUAUAAUAAUAGGAACGCAGGCAGUGCGUGUGCCACAUUUGGCUUCCGGAUAUACUCACGCACUCUUGAAGAUUAUGAGAGGGAGAGAGAGAGAGAGAAGGAGAGAAAGAGGAAAAACACAGAAAGAAAGAGGGAAGGAGCUUAUCUUUGGCGUCGCCUUAUUAUGAUAUAUUCCGUCGCUCGCGUGGAGAUAUCCCGGAAGUCUGGUUGCACACGACGCCGUUGUUAACGACAUUAAUGUAAUUAAUACUGUAAUAUUAUUGCCAUCGUUACUACUGCUGCUACUACUAUCGUUAUUAUGAUUAUUACAAGUAUUAUAUAUAUAUAUGUGUAUAUAUAUAUAUAUAUAUAUAUAUAUAUAUAUAUAUAUAUAUAUAUAUAUAUAUAUAUAUAUCUUUAAUUUUACCACACUAUUGUAAUAAUUUAUAAUCCAUACCAAUACGAUUCUCUAUAUCGACAGCGUCAUCAUUGUCAGGUAUUUGCAAUUUCUAUCUAUAAUUGGGGAAUGGAGUGUGUCGCUCGUGUGCUACACUCGUUUUAUUAUCGUCGUCACAUCUAUGUUACCGUUCCUCCCAUCGAUUUUAGGCGUUAAUAGACCAAUUACAAUUUA